AUGGACUAUCGUAAUUUCAUCCAGGUUCUUCAAAUGGUCAUGGCGAUGGUUCUGGUCCUGAUAGGCACCCUGGUCGUCGUGGAAAAGCUUCCCCUCGUCCUCGGUAAUAAAGCCGCGCGUCAAGCUGCCAAGGAACUCCAGGAACUCCAGGGCCGCAAGCAGAAACUCGCCGAUCUCAUGGACGACGUCGCGGCCGCUCACAACUUCGCUAUCAACUUGACGGGCACAAUCCUCGACCAUAACCAAGAGGCCCGUGAUAUGACUGUGGACCUGGCGAACAUCUUGACCAAGAGAAUUGUCCUUCUCCAGAAAGUUGCAAACAUCAGCAAGAGCACCAUGAAGCAGCACCUCGAUCAUAUCCGCAAAUUCAACAGAGUCGACAUCGGUACUUGGAACGAUAGCACGAAGGUCAUCCAGGAAUGCAUCAAGCUGAACUACGGAAAGAUCAAGGCCAUGGAUGCGGCGAUUGACGUGAAGGACAUCAUGGAGAGAUCCCUGUACGCGAUGAGCAAGGUCGCAAAGCAGAACCCCUCCCCUUUCGCUACCGCGUCUGCGGCCGCUGCUUAG